AUGAAUCUUAUUGACAAUGAUAUUCCAAUUAUUGUCAAGGAAUUAUUUAUCAACGGACAUUGUACUGAACUUCAUAUGUCAUCGAAUCGGUUAACAUCCGAAGGGGCUCGAAUUUUAGCUGAAGCUCUUGAAACGAAUACGUUUUUAGAACUACUCGAUCUUGGUAGUAAUCGACUUAAAGAUGAAGGCGUUCAACAUCUUGCGGCAGCAUUUCGACUCGAUCAUCACCUGAAAUACCUUAGAUUAGGAACAAAUGCCAUUACUGAUGCUGGAGCAGAGCUUAUUGCUCGAAUCUUAUUACAGAAUAGGCGACUUUGCCUUCUCGAUCUUUCUUCUAAUGAAUUAACAUCAAGAGGUGUGAUAACGCUUGCACAAGCGGUACCCCAUUCAGGUCUUGAAUAUUUCUAUCUUGAAGGAAAUCGACAAGUUAAUGAUGAAUGUAUCGAUGCCAUUGUUACUAUGAUUCGCCAAUCAAAUCAUUUAAAGGCUGUUUCAUUAUCGAAUAUAGAUUUUUCACAGAAAUCUAAAUUGAAAUUACGACAAGCAACCAAGUCAAAACCUUCGUAUUUUCUUUACAUUUGA